CCCCAUGUCCAGCACGCUGAGCAAGAGGAUCGACUUGGCCAACGACAACAGCCUCCUGGGCAUGAGCCUGGCCCUGGCAGCGCCCGUGGGAGAGGGCCUGCCCCACAAGGGGCACUGCGGCUACUCCUGCUCGGAGCUGCACGGGGUCCUGGGCCUGCCGCCCUCCGCCGAGGAGCCCAGCAACACCAAGUGGGUGAAGGACGGGCAGAACCAGCUGCGCCAGGCGGCGGAGCGCGGCCGCGACCAGAACCGCAAUGAACUGAACCUCCCCAGCAAGGAGCUCAGCAGCCUGCUUAUCGCGCUGCCUGGCCAGGAAGAGAAGGAUGGAGAAGGCGAGGAGGAGGAGGAAGAUGAGGAGGAGGAGGAAGAGGAGGAGGAAGAGGAGGACUCCACCCCUGUCCAGAGCGAGCCGGUCACGGAGUCUGAGCAGAGCUCUGAGCGGGCGCUGCCCCGUGGCGACCAGGCUCGCAGCGCCAGCCUCCUCUUUGGGAUGCGCAACAGCACGGUGGCCAGCGACGAGGACUCCAGCUGGGCCACCCUCAGCCCCACGGGCAGCCCCACGGGGGGCAGCUCCCCAGACGAAGCUGACUCCUUUUGGCUGUGCAAUUCCCUGGAGACAGAUUCUGGCCUCCCGGCAGGAUGGAUGCGAGUCCAGGACACGUCUGGCACCUAUUAUUGGCACAUUCCGACGGGCACCACCCAGUGGGAGCCCCCCGUGGGCAGCGGGAGCAGCGAUUCUUCGGGAAACACCCCCUCCAGGGAAACUCAGUUCACCUGGAUGGAUUUUGGGCAGGCCGAACACUCGGAUGACCCCCAUUACUGGAAGGAUGCCCCAUCAGAAGAAGAGGGGACCCCUGAGCCCCAGCGGGACCAUGCCCAGACCCUGUUGUGCUUGGGAUCUCCCGGCACCAGAUCUUCCCUGGGAGAAGAUGGUGAUGUGGCUGCCUCAUCCCUUGGCCUCAGCCAGGGCUCCAAGUGUUUCUCGGUCUGCUCUCUGGGCUGGGUGGAGAUGUCUGAGGAGGAGCUGAGCCUGGGCAGGAGCAGCGUGGCCGUCAACAACUGCAUCCGGCAGCUCUCGGCUCAGAACCCGGACCUCACCGGCUCCUGGCCCAAGGGCAAAGCGAUGCUGCUGGUCCUCGAGCAGGAGACCCUGAAGCUGCUCGACCCCGAGGGGCACGCCGUCCUGCACACCCAGCCCAUCUGCGACAUCCGCGUCUGGGGUGUCGGGCGGGACAGCGGCAGGGAUUUUGCUUACGUAGCGUGGGACCAGCUGGCCCAGCUGCUGAAGUGCCACGUCUUCCAGUGUGACGCCCCCGCAAAGAACAUUGCCACCGGCCUCCACGAGAUCUGCUCCAAGAUCAUGAGCGAGCGCCGGAGGGGCCGAGCCCUGUCCAACAGGCUGUCGCUGGAUCACUCAAAGUUGGUGGAGAUCCCUUUCCAAGUGGAGUUUCCGGCCCCCAAAAGCGAGCUGGCGCAGAAGUUCCAGGUGUCUUACAUGGGCAGCGUUCCAGUGGCCAAGCCUGUGGGCAUGGAGGUCAUCAACGCCGCCCUGGAGCGGGCCCUGGCCGCCGGCCGCAGAGAAGAGUGGACGCCCAGCCAGGUCAAUGUGGCGCCCGCCACCCUCACCCUCCUGCACCAGCAGACAGAGGCUGUGCUGUGUGAGUGCCGAGUGCGAUUUCUCUCCUUCAUGGGCAUCGGGAAAGAUGUCCGGUCCUUUGCUUUCAUCAUGGCCGCCGCCCCCGGCAACUUCCUCUGCCACAUGGUGUGGUGUGAGCCCAACGCCGCCGGCCUGAGUGAGGCCGUGCAGGCUGCCUGCAUGCUUCGGUACCAGAAGUGCUUGGAUGCGCGCCCCCAGACCACCAGCUCCUGCCUCCCCGCGCCUCCCGCUGACUCUGUGGCUCGGCGCGUGGGGUCCACGGUCCGAAAGGGAGUCCAGACCUUGCUGGGGACCCUGAAACCCAAGCGCCAGGGUGCUCAGACGCCAUGA